AAAAAUAAAGAUGGAAAAGAGCAGAGUGAAGCUAUAUCACCAUCGGAGGAAGAAGAAACUUUUUCUUGGCCUGGUCCCAAAACUGUCGUGCUAAGGAGGACAUCUCAGGGUUUUGGCUUCACCUUAAGACACUUCAUAGUUUACCCUCCGGAAUCUGCAGUUCAGUUUUCUUUUAAAGAUGAAGAGAAUGGGAAUAGACAAGGAAAACAAAGAAAUAGACUGGAGCCAAUGGAUACCAUAUUUGUUAAACAAGUUAAAGAGGGUGGACCUGCUUUUGAAGCUGGACUGUGCACAGGUGACAGAAUUAUAAAAGUCAAUGGAGAAAGUGUUAUUGGGAAGACAUAUUCUCAAGUCAUUGCUUUAAUACAAAACAGUGACAGCAUAUUGGAGCUUAGUGUUAUGCCAAAAGACGAGGACAUCCUUCAAUUGGCAUAUUCCCAAGAUGCCUACCUGAAAGGCAAUGAAGCCUACAGUGGUAAUGCCCACAACAUACCUGAACCACCACCAAUAUGUUAUCCACGCCUGACAUCCACAGCUUCUGUUAUGGCACAAGCUGGUGACAAGCUAUCUUCUGACUUCUCACUGGGGAAACAGCAAGUUAGUAGACCAGUACGGGCAUUGACACAACCAGAGAGGGCCUACAGAAUGGAAAUACAAGUGCCUCCAUCACCAACAGACAUUGCAAAAUCAAAUACAGCUGUGUGUGUUUGCAAUGAAACUGUAAGGACUGUUAUUGUGCCUUCUGAGAAGGCUGUAGAUUUGCCAUCUUGUAGAAAUAAUCAUGCUGGUCCAUCACACAGGACAGAGGAAGUAAGAUACAGCUUAAAAGAUCAAACCAGUCUAAAAGCACGGACCACAUCACCAUCUUCUUCAGUCUCCACUGCCGUUGUACUUCCCCAGACUCCAAUAACAAGGCCAGUCGAUCCAACUGGAACACUAAGUAAAUCUUCAAAUUAUGUAGUGUGUCCAGAAGGAAUCCCAAGCACUAGACCUCCCGCUCAAGCCACAGACUCGCCCUCAGUCUCUACUAAUCAUUACAGUUCUCCAACGUCCCAUCAGCAUAUAGACUGGAAGACUUACAAAACUUACAAAGAGUACAUUGAUAAUAGGCGCAUGCACAUGUAUGGCUCCCGAACAAUACAGGAAAGGUUAGAUAGUUUAAGAGCAGCUUCUCAGAAUACAACUGAUUAUAAUCAAGUGGUGCCAAAUCGCACUGCUUCGCAGGUACGGCGCAGGAGCACCUCUCACGACAGGGUUCCACAGUCUGUUCAGAUCCGGCAGAGAAGCGUAUCGCAGGAAAGGCUUGAAGAUCCCGUGUUGAUGAAAGAGUGGCCACGAAGUGCUUCGCAAGAUACUCUAACUUCACCUUCAGUUAAUGCUAGGAAUCACAGGGCUCGGUCAUGGGAUUAUCUCAGCAAACAGGGUGAAGUGCUAGAAAAUUUUCAUUCUGAGAAUCUGAUUGCAGAUACUAAUGGAGAUAGGAGAAAGACUUACAAGUGGACAGGGUUUACCGAACAAGAUGAUCGGCGAGGUAUUUAUGAGAGAUCUAGGCAGCAUGCAUUUCAUAUGUCCCUUCGAGGUCAAAAUUUUCCUAUGGCUCCGAGUGGUUAUAUUUCAGACAACAGGAGAACAGGUAGUAGAGCUUCUCUGCCUGGUUCUCAUUUUCAGAAAGUUCCACCAGAUAUAAAAAUGCUACAGCCUUCUCGAGACUUGCAAAGUCCUGGGGGAGUUUCAAAACCUGCAGCUGUUUCACAAGAGAGACUGUCUCUCACACCAGCCAGAAGUUCUAGAAGUAGCUCUUUGAAGAACUCUGCUCCCUAUGCAGCAAAACCAUCAUUUCCCGUUAACCAGGGCCUGGAUGCUAUUGCCACCAAAGACCAAAGAACAGUAAAUCACUUGCAUCAGAGUGGUCUGUUAAACCAACAGUCAAGGAUCAGAGCAGAAGGUGCCUCAGAUCACAAAACAGAAACUGGCAAAACCAUCCAACCCUCCUCUCUGUCUCCAGCUUCCGCCAAACUUGUUCAGCCAACAAGUGAGAGUUCAACUACCUCUGACAAUGUAGAUGGUUCCAGCAGACAAAAGAUUCAUGAUUUCGAAAGGGAAGAUGUCCAUGAGCCUGAAAUUCUGCAAACAGAUGUUCAGGAAAAUGACAAAGAUGCGGUGGUCAUGCGGGACAAAUCACCUUCUGGCCACCAAACUCCACAGCCUUUGAGGCAUCAGUCCUACAUUCUUGCUGUAAAUGACCAAGAGGCAGCCUCAGACACUACCUGUUGGUUACCUAACGAUGCUCGGAGGGAAGUCCACAUAAAAAGAAUAGAAGAAAGGAAAGCAUCAGGUUCCAGCCCACCUGGUGACUCCUUGGCUUCUAUUCCGUUUAUUGAUGAACCGACUAGUCCUAGUAUUGACCAUGAUAUUGCACACAUCGCUUCUGCUGUUCUUUCUGCAUCUGCUUCUCAAGCACCAGCUAUAACAACUGUUCCUCCCAGUCCCACAUCUCCAAUCCCUUUAAUUCGGCGACAGCUUUCACAUGAUCAUGAAUCCAUCCGGCCUAGUGUCCUGGAUAGCCAGCCUGCUGCAAAAACUGAGAGAUCAAAGUCAUAUGAUGAAGGACUGGAUGACUACAGAGAAGAGGGAAAAUCAUCCAUUAAGCAUGUAUCUAGUUUAAAGGGGAUUAAGGUCGCAGACAGCCAGAAAUCUUCAGAAGACUCAGGUUCCCGAAAAGAUUCUUCUUCAGAGGUCUUUGGUGAUGCCUCCAAGGAAGGUUGGCUUCAUUUUCGUCAGCUUGUUACGGACAAGGGAAAGCGAGUUGGUGGGAGCAUUCGGCCCUGGAAGCAGUUGUAUGUCGUUCUUCGAGGUCAUUCACUUUAUUUGUACAAGGAUAAAAAGGAACAAGUGACCCCGUCUGAAGAAGAACAACCUAUAAGCAUCAAUGCCUGUUUGAUAGACAUCUCAUACUGUGAAACCAAGAGGAAAAACGUGUUCAGACUCACCACAUCAGACUGCGAGUAUCUGUUUCAAGCCGAGGACAGAGAUAAUAUGUUAGCAUGGAUUAAAGCAAUACAAGACAAUAGCAACUUAAAUGAUGAGGAUACUGGUGUUACUAGUAGAGAUCUAAUUAGUCGAAGGAUUAAAGAAUACAGCACAAUGAUGAGUUCUUCAAGCAGCAAAACAGAGCCAUCUCCCAAAACACCUCGCCAGAGUCUAAGUAUCAGACAGACUCUGCUUGGAACUAAAGCAGAACAGAGGACCCAGAGUCCGCAUUCUCCUAAGGAUGAGUCUGAAAGGAAGCUUCUCACUAAAGAUGAGACAAGCCCACCAAAAGACAAGGGGACGUGGAGAAAAGGCAUUCCAAGCAUUAUGAGGAAGACAUUUGAAAAGAAGCCAUCUGCUGUAGGAACGUUUGGUGUUAGACUAGAUGACUGCCCCCCAGCUCAUACCAACAAAUAUAUUCCACUGAUUGUUGAUAUAUGCUGCAAACUGGUUGAAGAAAGAGGUCUUGAAUACACAGGUAUUUACAGAGUUCCUGGAAAUAAUGCUGCCAUCUCAAGUAUGCAAGAAGAGCUCAACAAAGGAAUGACUGACAUUGAUGUUCAUGAUGAUAAAUGGCGAGACUUGAAUGUGAUAAGCAGUUUGCUGAAAUCCUUCUUCAGAAAGCUCCCAGAACCACUUUUUACCAAUGACAAAUAUGCAGAUUUUAUAGAUGCCAAUAGAAAAGAAGAUCCUGUUGAACGUCUGAAAACACUGAAGAGACUGAUCCAUGAUUUACCUGAACAUCACUAUGAGACUCUCAAGUUUCUUUCUGCACACCUGAAGACAGUAGCAGAGAACUCAGAAAAGAACAAGAUGGAACCAAGAAACCUGGCAAUAGUAUUUGGUCCAACACUUGUGAGGACAUCUGACGAUAACAUGACACACAUGGUUACGCACAUGCCAGACCAAUAUAAAAUUGUAGAAACACUCAUCCAAAAACAUGACUGGUUUUUCACAGAAGAUGAUGCUGAAGAACCUCUUACAACAGUUCAGGAGGAAAACACUGUAGAAUCUCAGCCAGUGCCAAACAUAGAUCAUUUACUCACCAACAUUGGAAGAACGGGAGUAUCUCCUGGAGACGUAUCAGAUUCAGCUACUAGUGACUCAGCAAAAUCUAAGGGUUCUUGGGGUUCUGGAAGGGAUCAGUAUAGCAAGGAACUGCUUGUGUCCUCCAUUUUUGCAGCAGCUAGUCGCAAGCGGAAAAAAACAAAAGAGAAACCACAACCAAGCAGCUCGGAGGAUGAGUUGGAUAAUGUGUUUUUCAAGAAGGAGCUUGCGGAACAGUCUCGUGGUGACACAACAAAAGAGGACAUAGCUAAAGGGGAGUAUGAAAGAGAGAGAGACUUAGGGAGAAAACAGAGGAUGUUUGUCCUGAAGGAAAAAGAGAACAGCGUUAAAAAAGAUGUGAAUGUUGUAAAGGACGAAAAGAAGACAUUAAAGAAAGAAAGUACCGUGUCAGAAGAACCUUCACUGCCUUACCAUGAAAAAUGUACAAAAUCAUCGAAUCUCAGCUCUCUGCAAACCAUGCAGAAGAAUAACCCAAAAAUGCCUAGUUCACAAUCUUCUUCCCAGGUUGAGGAGACAGUGUCUGACUCUGGCACUAUGCUUAGCACUUCCUCCCAGGCUUCCCAGCACAGAUACUCGUGCAAAAAAGUAGCCAGCCCUGACAUGAAACACAAUGAGUUUUUAGCAGCUGAUGUCAGUUCCAUCACCUCGGAUUACUCAACUACUUCAUCUACUGUAUAUCUCACUGGUUUAGAUGCCAGUAUGCUGAGCCCUGAGGUGCAGUCGGUGACCGAAAGCAAGGGAGAAGAAGCUGAUGAUGAGAGGAGUGAAUUGAUCAGUGAAGGGCGUCCUGUGGAGACGGACAGCGAAAGUGACUUCCCUGUCUUUGCCACCAGUGCUGCUGCUGAAAGGCUGUCCAAGGGGAAGGUUUCAGAAGCGGUGAAGACCAGUCGGAGGAACUCUGAAGAAAGCGAAAUAAGUUGUACUGAGGGAAGUUCAACACCAAAGUUAGAGAGUCGCAGACUUUUUAGCUCACACAAACUUAUUGAAUGCGAUACGCUGUCUAGGAGAAAGUCUGCACGGCACAAAACGGACAGUGAGGGUUCAGGGGAUGCGAAGAGCGAGAAAGAUUUGCCUACUGUGACCAAAAUGUUUGACAUAAUGAAAAAAGGAAGAUCGACAAGCAGUUUAGCUACAUCAGCCAGAAGCGAGGCUGACAAACAAGAACCUACCUGGAGACUUAAAAUUACAGAUAGGUUAAAGCUGCGACUCAAAUCAUCUGCUGACGACAUGUUUGGAGUCGGGAAUCAAAAAGCUAACUCUGCAGAGACUGCAAAGAGAAAAAACAUCAGGCGAAGGCACACACUUGGAGGACAGAGGGAUUUCGCUGAAAUAAGUGUCCUGAAUGCUUGGAAAGCUCAAGAGCCAAGUCAAAGUCGAGAGAGGGAAUCUGAGCUUUCAGCUGUGAACCGCUUGAAGCCAAAAUGUCCAGCACAGGACCUCUCAAUCUCGGACUGGCUUGCACGGGAACGUUUACGCACUAGCACAACUGACCUUAAUACGGGUGAAACUGGAAAGCCCAGACUUGAGAACACUAGCUUAGCAGAUGUAUCAAAGGUGGAUCUGCCUUCAUCUGCGGAGAUGCAGGCAGAUGAAGGCAGUUCUUCCAGCAGCUUGACUUCAAUUAAUAGAACACCACCUUCGGGACCAUUUCAGGCACCAGACCAGGUAAAUGGUGAAAAUUAUCAGAAUAUGAACAAAACCAACUUCAGCCCAGCAGUUGAUGCCCAUCCUCAUAAACUGUCUGGGACCCAAGUGGUUAGAUCUCGAUUCUACCAGUAUCUUUGAAAUGGGGAGAUAUGUCCACUACAGCAAUUCAUUAACUUACUGUUACACUUCCCAGUAACUGUGUGUAUGUGUGUGUGUACAUAUAUAUAUAUAUUUUCCUGUACUGUUGUUGUUAUGCAGCCUUCAUUUGGGCUGGUUUCAU